GAGGACUUCACCGCGCCCUCUUCUCAUUCCACCCAGAAUCCGGCACACCGUCCAUUUUCUAGGCUUUGUCACUGUCUUCAUUCUUCUUCUGUCCGUCCAUGUUUUCGUGCCUACGGAUACCUGGUUCACCGGCCCUACACAGAGGGGAUCCGAUGUAACGCAACGCAACGCUACGCUCCGCUCCGCCCAUUUUCCGUCCAGUCCAAUUGCGGAGGAGACAACAACGGCUUCCAACCUGUUUUCUCCCCUCUCCCAUUCCCCUCGGGUUUCACAACUUACCCACGCACGACCUGCUUGACGCAACAACCCACCAGGCGCAAGCCACGAACCAAGCACGCGGGCACACGCAAGCAGACAAGCAAGCAAGCAAGCAACCUACAAUCAGCGCGGAUAUAACACCAGCAGCACCAGCGCGUGGCAGCGCAUUGCAUCGCAUCGCAUACCACCGGACAGCGUUGACGCACCACCACUAGAAGGCAGGACAAAAUGGCCGGCAAGAAGGGAGCAGACAACACCAAAAAGGUCGCUGGAAACGCCCGCAAGGCCGAGGCAGCGGCCCAAAAGGCCGCCGCCGAGGACGCGAAGAAGGCUGCCGCCGAGGAUGCUGAAUGGUCGAAGGGUGCGAAGGGCAACGCGAAGAAGGAGGCGGAAGCCGCCAAAAAGGCCGAGGCAGCUCGGAAGAAGGCCGAGAAGGAGGCCCUCCUGAAGGAAGAGGAGGCUAGCACCCCCGGCCGGGCUGGCCCGAAAAACAACAAGACGGCCGUCAAGAAGACACGUGGGCUCGACCUGUCGCAGCUCGACGACGAUCGCAGCGGCGGCCCUCUCACAUCGCUCAACGCCACGGGUAUCGACAACGCCCUCGACGCCCUCUCGCUGACGGCUUCCGACGCCAAUGCCAAGAUCGACAGACACCCCGAGCGACGGUUCAAGGCGGCAUAUGCGGCCUUUGAGGAGCGUCGUCUCAAGGAGAUGGACGACGAUGGCACGGGGCAGGGCCUGCGUUUGCAGCAGAGAAAGGACAAGAUCAGGAAGGAGUUUGAGAAGAGUCCGGAGAACCCUUUCAACCAGGUGAACGCCAAGUUCGACACCACCAGGGAGGAGUUGGCCGAGAUGAAGCAGAAGGAGAAGAGCAAGAUCGAGGCCAGACUUGGGAGGUAGAUUUAAGCGGGGAAGCCUGCCGCCGCCGUUCAUGAUGCUCGCUCGGUGUGACACGCCUGAGAAGGGACUGCAUGUGAUUAUAGUCGGCGCAGAGAUGCCAGGGCUUAGUAGCAGCAACCGCCAGUCUUUUGCAUGAGGCACAUCGCCUCUCGGAUGUGAAUAGAUCAUGAGGCCAACAUCUGCGU